AUGCAAGCCAUCUUUGUACGUGCUGGAGUUGAUGUCUACUGUCAUCUUGAAGAUGAUCGAUGUCUCCUUUUUCAUAAUCAUCAACCAGUUCUUUCACAGCAUCAUCCUUUACUACGACCCACACAUGGUGAUUACCUCAAGCUCGUGGUUCCUCCAUCACUGUAUUGUGAUGAGCCCACACAGCCGCUUCUGGCCCGGCGACAACAGCAUAACGAGCUCACCUUUGGCAAUUCCCCCAGUUGGUCCGAAAGUUCUGGAUACUCGCCCAGCCUGCUUGAUCCUUCAGAACUUCGUGCACAACUUGGAAUCCAAGACCCUGCAGACAUUGCGCUGUUGCAGAUUUCAGUUGAUUUGAAUACGGUUGAAACCUUGGGUGCCAUCUGUCGGCAACCAUUGUGCCUACCACCCCAGUUGGAGGAUAUUCAAUCAUCUGAUCGCAUAUGUCCUGUACCACACUCCGAGCUUAGCUUUACGGAGGAGUUCCUCAGAGCCGUCAAUGCCAUGAGCACCGCCGCAGAAAACUUGCCAGAAUUUCAAGAAGAUGCUUUUGAUUUGGAAACUUUGGCUCCCUGGACACGAGAGUUGCAUGAGCAUUGGGAUCGCUUGGCCACUAUCGGCCCGGGAGCGGUCGAACGCCUUGGUCGUUUAGAGACCUGGUUCACUGACCAUCUGAGUUACCAGAGAUGCCACCACACCCGCAUCGCUAUUCUUGGUCCGGAUGCUCAUCGAUGGGAAGACCAAAUAAAGCACCUCUGGCGGCAACACAUCCUCCCCGGAGCUGCAGUUGAGUUUCACAUUGUGUAUCCGUUGCCGGAGGAUGCAUCCGGUCAGAUUAUUGGCCAACUCAUUGUGGUGCAACGCCCCCAGCGGUUCCAACGUUCCAUUGUGCUGUCCAUUUAUGAUAGCGAGUACGACCGCGGCCUUGCACAUUCAUUGGCGAUGGUGAUGGGUGACCGCAUCGACCUCAUGUCGGUGAUGAUUAUGGCGGAACUGACUGAGGAGUGUCCCCCCGAGGCGCCCCGCAAUGAAUGUUCGCUCUGGUUCGGGGCUCGGCAGUUUGCUCCCAAUGAGCGUGCCUAUGCACGCCAUGGUCAUGCAUUCAGGCUUGUGUUGAAUCGCGCUCAAGGGCCACCACCUCCAAGGCCUGUGGUCACCAAUCUGGCACAACGCCAGGCACAACUGGCUCAAAAUUCGGCUUCUCCGCCAUUUUUGGGCGCAGAGGACACAGCACCUACUUGGUUGGUGGAAAUGUCGCGAGCCUUUCCUGACGGAGCUGCAGUGGAACGAGAAGAUGAAGGGCCCGUUGCAUAUCUUACCACUUGGUUUCUUCACGUUGCCCUUCGGCCUAGCUGCGUGCAAAACAGAGUGGUGCGUCUCAGAGACCAAUCUUGGAUGUGGCAUCGGACAUUGAUUGAACGCUGGGGAGAUCACUUUGAUAGCACACUUCCCGUUCAAUUCUUUUGGGUUGCACCUAUGCCUCCUUCCUCAUUGACGCAGCACACCCUUGGCCAUAUGUUGAUUGCGCAGGGACUCCCAGUGGACCAAGUUGCCGCGUUGCUCACCACGCGUGUGCGUGAUGAUGAAGGCCAAGCCUUGCACCAUGUUGCUACAUUUUUGCCCGCCCAUGUCUCGGCAGAAAUGGUCGUCGACAUUUUGGCGCUUCCCGGGCCUCUUCGGCGAUUCCCUCGCAGAGUAGGAUUUGGACAAGAGUACUUUGCUCCACAUGCCACACAGCAGAUCCAAUCUGGAAGCUCCCUUGUCGUGGAUGUCUUGGGUAGUCAACGGUUUGUUCAACCUUCUACAUCAUCGACUGACGAGGCACUCAACUUGGUUCAGAUCAAGGUUCGCCGCACCAAGGCACCUCACCCUGAAGCACAUCCUCCUCUCGAGACGGCUGCUGCUGAGUCUGCAGUACCUCUGACUGAACCCGCAGAAGCUUUUCAGCCAAGGGUUACGUUGAACCUGACUGCUUGCUUGGCCGACAACUUCGUGUACAAGGAAGAACAGUAUUCCUUUCCUGAAGUGGCUUACAUGCAGGUCCCAAAUUGGCCAUCCUUCUUUGCCAGAGUAUUGCCCUCUCCGACCUUCAUACCCGAGGGCCUCAAGUUGCACCCUACCACUUACUUUGCUCUUGCGUCCCCAGCAGAAUUUCAAGAAGUUUCUCUGCGUGACUGCAUAGCUUUGUACGUUGACGGCGCGGCGGAUGGCAUCAAGGCCGCGUGGAGCAUUGUUUUUGUCUAUUUUGACUCAGAUGGCUUGCCGUCUCUUCAAGGGUGCGUUGCUGAUCAAGUCGUGAUUGACACCACGCAUGACAAGUGGCUUGGCGCCAAUUGCCCUGACAACAUUGCCGCAGAGGUGACUGCAGCUUGUGCUGCCAUGGCUGCGUGCUUAGGGAUGGAACAACACCUCCACAUUGUCAUUCGACCAGAUUUGAAGCUCAGCGCCAAACUGGCUACCCAUCAAUGGGGUUGCACAGCACAUCCCCUUCUUUGCCAAUUGUGUGAAACGCUUGGAAGUUGGUUCAAAAAAUGCCGUGGCACUUUUCUUGAAGUCAGAGGGCAUUGCGGAGAUCCUUGGAAUGAGUUGGCAGAUGGUGUUGCGAAACAUUGUAUGGAAGUUGGACAAGCAGUUGGAGUUUUGGACCUGACAGGGUAUUCAGAUUUGAUUAAGACCCCAGAUCUGAACUGGGCCUGGCUUCUUGAUGCGCCCACUACCUUGCAUCAAUGUCUUCCACCCGGCUCUCACCAUGGAGUGUGGCAAGUUCAACCGAGCACUUUGCGUGUGCCCUUACCUGAACCGUAUCAUUCAGCUGAGCAAUGGAAACAAUUGGAUUUUCUUUGUAUGACUGCCAAUGUCCUUGCUCUUGGCUCUGUUGAUGCUGACAUGCCCACUUCCUCCAGCUCUGAACGCGCACUCCGCUUAGCCCAUCAAUGGCAUCAAGAUGGCAUUCACGUGGCAGGACUUCAGGAGACCCGCCGAGAAGUUGGCACGUAUACUGCUGGCAAUUACAAGUGCUUUGCUUCAGGAGCUCAACGUUGCAGUCGUGCGCAGCAUUUUGGCUGUGAAUUGUGGAUCCAUCAAAAUUUGGUCCUCGUUCCUGAUCUCCAGCUGAAAUUUGUUGACUUCCAAGCGGUUGUUACCCAUGCAGAUCCCAGGCGCCUGAUUGUCAAUUUGACACAUGGACAAUGUCGUCUUUCCUUCAUUGUCCUGCACGUACCAUGCAAAACUUCUCAAUGUGAUCUCGAAGAAAUCCAUAAGUGGUGGACUGAAACCCAGGCAGCAGUGCGCAAGGCUGACAUUGCUCCCCUGACUUGGAUUUUUAUUGAUGCAAACGCCCCACUGGCUUCGCAUGAGACCACGUUGUUCUCUACCCAUGGUGCUGAACCUAUGAAUGGCCCUGGCGAACUUUUUGAAGCUGCUCUCACCGAAUUUCAGUGGUACGCUCCUACCACCAUGGCCCGGUGCCACACAGGAGCUCAUCACACAUGGACCCAUCCGCGAGGAGCCAAGUCUCGUCGUGAUUAUAUUUUGACUUCAGCCGCAGCACAUUCUCUCUCCAGUCAGACGUGGGUCGCUCAGAAACAUGAUGGGGGCUUCAGUCAUGAAGAUCACCUUCCGGUCUGCCUGCAUGCUUGUGGAUGGAUUGCCAUUGAACCUGUCACUGAUCGAGUGCACUGGGAUUCCCUCGCUUUCUUAGAUCCUGUCAAAUGCCAGCAGUUUCAAGAAGCUUUGGAGACACUACCCAUUCCAGCAUGGCCAGUUCAUGUGGAUGCGCAUGCUGACCAAUUUGAAUCCAAUCUCCUUGACUUGGCCAAGCAGUUCUUCACCAAAACCAAACAUGAUCGAGUACGGCCUCGACUCCGUGAAUCCACACGCAAUUUGAUCGCACUCAAACGAUCUUGCCUUGAUUACGGACGUCAAAAUGAUCUCAUGCACACUGAAGACUUCAAAGCCCAAUUGAAGCUCUUGGAGAAGGACGUUCGCCGACAAGUUCAUCUUGAUCAACAGAUCUUCUAUGAUGACCUCGUUCAACACAUGGCGGCCGCAGGUGAUCUCCAUGAUGCCCGUACGGUUUAUCGCACUUUGACUCGACUUGGCGCCAAGAAGGGGCACAAACAACCCAUUCGUUCUCUUCCUGCCCUUCAAGCUGAAGGUGGUCCAGUCACUUCUUUUACACAGCAACAACAGCUCUGGCUCAAACAGUUUGCGGAUGUUGAGGCCGGUUACAUUGUCGCCAGGUCAGAAUUUCGGCGUGGCUUGCCACCCACUUUGGGCCUUUCUCACAGUGACUUUGACCUCGAGGUUCUGCCUACUCUCGCAGAGGUUCAAAAGCAGCUGCACAAGCUCAAGCGUGGCAAAGCCCCUGGUCCGGACAAUAUCCCACCUGAUGUAUUGAAAGCAGGAGGUGAACCCUUGGCCAAACAUUUGACGAUCUUGACUUCCAAGAUUGCCAUGCAAGCUCGUGAGCCAGCGGCCUGGCGGACUGGAAGACUCAUUCCCCUCCACAAGGGAAAGCUCCCUCGGGAUGACCCUAAGGGGUACCGCUCCAUCUUUCUCAACAAUUACACCACCAAGAUUUAUCAUGCCAUUUUACGACAGCAAUUGGUGACCUCAUGGACUUCUGUGCUUUCGCACAUCCAGUUUGGUGGACGCAAAGGCGUUGGCAGUGAUUCUGCCCACCAUAUUGUGCAGUCGCAUUUGGCACAAGCGGCUCUUCGCAAAAUCCCUUCAGCUGCGUUGUUUGUGGAUUUCAGAGCUGCUUUUUACAGUGUGAUCAGACAGGGCCUUUUUGACCAACCGUUGGACGAGACAGGCUUUGUCUGUGCAAUGCAUCGACUUGGCGUACAUCCUCAACACAUUUCUGACCUUUUGACAACUGCUCAGUACGAUGUUGCCAUUCCGAAUUUGGCUUCUCAUGCCGUUUCUUUGCUGAAGGACUUGUUACAGUCCACAUGUUUCGAAAUCUCCGGCCUUUCCGAGGUAGCAGUCACAACCAGGGGCACUCGUCCUGGUGAUCCCAUUGGCGAUGCUGCCUUCAAUUUGACCAUGGCUCUUAUCCUCCGCGAUGUGACUCUGGACAUGCGCAAGUCUGAUGCCAGUUGGAUGGGGGAUUUCACUCCAGUCGAUGAUUUCACCAUCAGCAAUGAUCUUCCUGUUUCUUCUUGGGCGGAAGUAGCAUACGUUGAUGACCUUGCCAUCUUGCUUGCUGCUCCAGACAAUGACCAUUUGAUCACUUUGGCCGAGUGCUCCCUCUCUGCCAUCCAUUGCGCUGCCAGCAAGAGAGGCCUUGAUCUUACGUACGGAGCGGGCAAAACUGAGCUCUUGAUGGCAUGGCGGGGAGCCCGCACUAGGCAUUUCAAAGAGAAGGUUGCAGCUCGUGGCGGUAAGUGGACCGUGCACGAUGAGGCCACCGAUACUCUCCUGACAGUGCCCGUCGUCAUGGCUUACAAACAUUUGGGAACGUGGAUUCACAAUGAUGCGAAGCCGUUGCAUGCCAUCCGUGACCGUAUCACUGCUGCACGUAAAGCCUGGGGACCCUUGUGUCGACCCUUUCUCAACAAACAAGGAGUUGCUCAGCGUACCAAGAUCCAGGUGUUCAACGCACUGGUUAUGAGUAGAUUCUUGUAUAAUGCUCAUACCUGGAGCUGGCUCACUGAUGAGUGGAUUUCUACUUGGGAAGCAGGUCUGCGACCCAUGUUGUAUUCCCUUGCCCGACCAGAAUUGCGUGGACAGCCACCUUUUUCGUGCUCAGUUGAAACCUUGUGUGGCCUUUGUGGAAUUCUACCCCCUCGUGCCCAACUUCACCUUGCUCGGCUUCGCUAUUUGAAGCGCAUGCUUUUACAGUGCCCUGAAGUGCACUGGCGAGCUCUUGCACAGGUGCGAAAUGAAGCAGGAUCAUGGAUGUGCCUUCUGCAUGAAUCCUUUGCCUGGCUGGCGCGAUUUAGCCAUCGCCAUUUUGGCCUCACCUCCGAUUCUACUUGGAUUGAUUGGGUCACAGUUGUUCAACUUGACUCACGAUGGAAGGGCCAUUUACGCCGGGCCGAACGAGCCUGCAGAGCCUACCAUCAGGCCAACGCGCACACCGUGAUCUGGCAGAUGUGGAUCCAGCACUCCUUUCGGCACUUUGGGGUUGAGCCUUUUGAUGCUGAACCUGAGGCCCCCUCAAUCAGUUGGACUUGCGAACUUUGUGAUCAAACGUUUUCAUCCAAACGAGCCUUGGCCAUGCACGCCGUUCAGAUGCACGACUACCAAACCAUUGUCAAGCAUUAUGCAACAGAUGGCACGUGCGCAAAUUGUGGCCGACUAUAUCAUUGCCGAGCCCGACUUUGCGCCCACCUUCGUCAUUCUACAGAAUGCCUUCGCCGUAUUCGUGCAGUAUUUCCAGCGCUGGCGGAUGACGAGUUGGAGGCACUCAAUGAGGGCGACCGUCAGCUUGCGCGGGAGAUGCGGCAGCUUGGCUGGUUGCCGACCAAAGCAUGUAUCCCAGCCACCCGCGCCUUUGGACCUCAUCUACCUCCUGCGCAUUCCCCGGCAGCUGCCGAGAUGAUGCAGAAGUGGAAGCAACGCAAAGAGGUUACUGGCAGCCUCCGAUUUGAAGGCUUAGCUGGCAUUUGCACGCAGAUUGACACCCAGGAGAUGUUGCCUCAUUCUUCUUCUGACGCUUCUGCGGACUCUUCUGAGCUUUGCUUCAUUAUGCAUUCUGUUAAAGGCGAAGAAUACGGACACCAUGGAUGCUUUUCAAUGGCAGGCCUUUCGAGACUUUAUGCACAAUUACAUUUGAAGACGCUUUGCUUCAUCCAUUUUUUCUCUGGAUACCGCCGCGAAGGUGAUUUACAACACCAAAUCGAAAAUCACAUGAUUCAGGGUCACUAUCACAUUUUCUGCAUUAGCGUGGAUUUUUGUCUCCAAGGAGAUUGCUGCGAUCUGGCAACGUCGAACAGCAGAAUCUUUUGGACCAAGCAGAUUCAAAGUGGUGCUGUUUUUGGAGUGGGAGGGGGACCACCGUGCGAGUCCUACUCGGCCGCCAGACUGAUCUCUGGCGGGCCGCCUCCCCUCCGCAGUUACGAUGAACUGAAUGGUUUGCCCUGCAAUAGUGCUCGGCAAUGGCAACAAACGCUUUUGGGCACAGCCCUUAUGCAGUUUAUGAUCGAGAUGUGUUUUUGGUGCGCCGUCACCGGCGGCUGUUCAUUCCUUGAACACCCGGCCUUUCCGGUGUGGGCUUGCCGAUCUCGCAGAUGCCCUCACCCGAAGGGCACCCACAUUUCCCUGCAGGGCAGGGAUGCAGCAGGGCAGUUUCGUACUUCCAUUGCCAAGAUUUACCCUGCUGCAAUGAAUGCAGCCAUUGCACACGCAUUAGCCGCUCCUCCUCCUGAGGCAGUGGACGCAGAGCUGGCCGCUCUCAAUCGGUUGGAUUUUGUCUCAAAGGACGUUGUACAGCCUGACGUCUAUUUUGACGUGGAGGUUGCGCUUCUUAAGGCUUUGCACACCGAGGACAUUCGUCAGGGCGGUGGGCAUGGGGAUGCACAGCGCGCUGCUUUUGUGACCCUGGCAACACACGACUACAGCCAGGGUGCUCUUGUGCUGACGGCUGGUCUACGGUCUGGACUGCCAGACUGGAUCGAUGUUAUUGUCUUCAGCGACACAGAGCUUUCUCUGGUUCCAGGCGUGGAGUUGCGAGCGUUGUCAAGCCUGCCAGAUGUACCAGUACCUGCUUUUGUCGGUGAGCCACUCAUGCCAAACUUCAACUUCUGCUGGAAGAAGCUUGGCCUAUGGUCAUUGGAGGAGUACGAUGUGAUCGUCUACAUGGAUGCUGACAUCUUGAUCCUGGGAAACAUCCUGUCCAUCUUGGAAAAGACUCCUCCAGCUGGGAUGCUUGCUGCUGUCCCAGCUUGCGAAUGUUGGAGAAGUGAAACGUGCAACUACACAGCUCCAGAUUCGUAUGAUGUUGGCUUCUACUUCAACGCUGGUGUGUUGGUCUUUCGGCCAAGCACAUCUGAUUUCUCCAAUAUGAUGGGGUGGCUGCAACACGAUGCCCAGACUCCAAGUCCAGCUCUUCAGAGCUCUGAGCAACCUGGUAGUGAUUCCAUGCCUUUCGCAGAACAGGACUUUUUGAACAUUUUCUUUGAAAAGAAGCUUUGUAGACUUCCACCAGUCUUCAACGCCCUCCAGCAUGCAUUGCGGAAUCCGAAACACGCCACACAGCUCAAUCUGAGCGAUUGCAUCGCUUUGCACUAUGUCAUGGGCAAGCCCUGGGCCCCGACAAAGCAUGACGAAGACUUCGUUGACCUACAGAACCUCUGGCGAAAGUCAUAUCAGGAGUUUUCCACACGCGCAUUCCUAAGACCACUUUGGGAGCUCCACAGAGUACAUCCAAAGCUUUCGCUGUUUUUGGUGCGGGAUUACAUCCCUCCAGCAACAGAGGGAGCACUUCUGUCUGUCAUCUACGGGGAGUCGCUGCAGGAUCGUUGGGUGCAGCUCACCAGUCGCAGGCUGCUCUGCCUUGGAGGUGUGCCUCAUCCUGAUGGUGCCAUUUGCGAAGCCCUACCUCCAGCAAUCGAUGAGAUUGGGCAUGCGCUGGCUCAAGCUGGUGGAAUAUCAGGUUUGCCAAAUCAGUGCCUCAUCAACAGCUACCUUCCUGGACAGGGCAUUGAUGCCCACAGUGAUGGGCCCAGAUUCAAGGCAGAAGUGGCCAUUCUCACUUUAGAAGGGCCUGCGCUGAUGUAUUUCGGGCUUGUUGAAAAGAAGGCUUAUCCUUUGCAUCCGCAGCGCUUAGAGGUGCUGCUUGAACCUCGGUCGCUUCUUGUCAUGAGUGGUGAAGCCUAUGAACUUUACGUUCAUCGAAUUGAUCAUGCGAAGGUGGACAUCACCAGGGCUGGUGAAGAAAUUCCCCGCGCACCACGGCGCACUUCUCUGACAUUGCGGCGCUUGAAGCACAUUCUGCUGGAACCCAAGGAAGUGAUGGAUGCAGCCACGAAGAGUGCCAAAGAUGCACAGUGGCAAUGGUGGAACUCGCAAAUCAGUGAGAUAGACUGA